CUGGCGAACGGAUCGCUACGUUUUAACGGAUCCUUUUUUCAUCCCAUUAACGGGAUUUACGGUUAAAAAAGGGCGGCUAAAGGACUAGUCUUUAUCAAACAAAGCAAGGGCCAGACGCUACGCUCCGUAUUUUGUUUUUUAAGACCCUCGUUAGCGCUCGGCUGUUGCUUUUUUUCUCAAAGAAGGGCGUGUGGUUUUCCGGAGAGGGAGCUGGUGCAUGUUGAAUACUGUGCGUUUCAUUGAACGGUUCGGAUCGUCGUGAAGGAUGGGCUGUACGUUAAGCACGGAGGAUAAAGCGGCGGUGGAGAGGAGUAAAAUGAUCGACAGAAACCUGAGAGAUGACGGAGAGAAAGCGGCCAGAGAGGUCAAACUCCUGCUGCUUGGUGCUGGGGAGUCUGGGAAGAGUACGAUAGUCAAACAAAUGAAAAUCAUCCAUGAGGCCGGUUACUCGGAGGAGGAGUGCAAACAGUACAAAGCUGUUGUCUACAGCAACACGAUUCAGUCCAUCAUCGCCAUCAUUCGUGCCAUGGGGCGACUCAAGAUCGAUUUCGGAGAUGCAGCACGAGCGGAUGAUGCCAGGCAGUUGUUUGUGUUGGCGGGCAGCGCUGAGGAGGGUUUUAUGACAGCAGAACUUGCUGGAGUGAUAAAGCGCUUGUGGAAAGAUGGAGGAGUGCAGGCCUGCUUCAGUCGAUCCAGAGAGUAUCAGCUCAAUGACUCUGCAGCAUACUACCUGAACGAUCUGGACAGAAUAUCACAGGCCACGUAUAUACCCACUCAACAGGACGUGCUCAGGACCCGAGUCAAAACCACAGGCAUUGUGGAGACACACUUCACUUUCAAAGACCUACACUUCAAAAUGUUUGAUGUCGGAGGUCAAAGGUCAGAGAGGAAAAAGUGGAUCCACUGUUUUGAAGGUGUGACUGCCAUCAUCUUCUGUGUGGCACUGAGUGACUAUGACCUGGUGCUGGCCGAGGAUGAAGAGAUGAACCGAAUGCAUGAGAGUAUGAAGCUGUUUGACAGCAUCUGCAACAACAAGUGGUUCACGGACACCUCUAUCAUCUUGUUCCUCAACAAAAAGGAUCUGUUUGAGGAGAAGAUCAGGAAAAGUACACUCACCAUCUGCUACCCUGAGUAUGCAGGCUCAAACACAUACGAGGAAGCUGCAGCCUACAUUCAGUGUCAGUUUGAGGAUCUGAACAAGCGGAAAGACACAAAGGAGAUUUACACUCACUUCACCUGCGCCACCGACACCAAAAACGUGCAGUUUGUGUUUGACGCAGUAACUGACGUCAUUAUCAAGAACAACCUAAAGGACUGUGGACUCUUCUAGAAGCUUGUGUUUGGCCCAGCUGAAGCCAGUUUUGAUGUGCAUUUUGUUGGAGGAAGAUUGCAAGACUAAGUAUGGAGAUAACUGGUGUUGAACCAGUGCUGUACAUUACGCCACUUUUGUCAGCUUUAUUUAUGGUUUUCGUCUUUGGAAAAAUUUAAAAAGUAGCAUUUAAAAAUGAAUUGUGUCGAAUGUUCGUACAGUCGUUUCUGUCGCGGCCAUGUUGUUCAUUUCCCCGUGACACGAGUUUGUUUCAUUUAAACAAAGUAUUUCUUUUUAUUUUGCCGUCUUGCAUCAGAGAAGUUUCCCUUUUCUUGUAAAUUUAUCUUUUUUUUUUUUGCCUUUGCGGUUGUUGCUACGAGGAGAGAGAAAGAUUGUGCUACUCGAUCCAGUUUGUUGGUUCUUGUGCCUUCGCAUGCGUUUCUGCAGUCUUUGUCCAUUUGCUUGGGUUUGCCUGCUGAAUAUCUCUCCAACGUCAAAAAAGUUCAUACUGGAUGUUACUAAUCUGAGAGCACAAAUCCUCAUAUGCAUCGAAUGUGAGAAUGUGAGAGAGUGUAUGUGUGUGUGUAUGUGCAUCUGUUUGCGUCUGUAUAUAUAUAUAUAAAUAUUAAAUAGAAAUAUGGCGUUGUAAAGAAAGCUAAUGGUUAAAGCAGUGUGCGGUGCUCAAACCUCCAGGUCUUAAUGGCAACAAAAGUAGACCAAACAACAGCCACUUGAGAUGGAGAGGAGUCCUGUAUGGCUGUCAGAUUUUGAGAUGUUACAAACACAGGACUCGAGCAUCUGUCAUCAGACGCCGGCCGCCAUCUUAAUGGCUUACUGCUGGGUAAAUGACGCACCAUUGAGAGAUGAAGGGACCGAGAGAGCGGUUCGAGAUUUCAUUGAGGAGAAAAAAUACAAACAAACAAUAUGACAAUGUCUGUAAAGAGACAUUUGAGGCAAGCUAUACUGUUGAUUGAUUUUAAAGAAAACUGCCACCUCUGUCUUUGUGUUCUCCAUAAUGGGGGAACAUUUGUACACUCAUUUCCCUUAUUUUGCUAAUAAAAGGCAUUUACUUCCUGA